AAUAUUACACAUAUUUUUUAAAUGAAGAGGAGAAAAAUGCUUAAUAUUGGAAUUGGUUCAAAUUAGGUAAAGUAAAACAGAAUUCACUCACUAGCUGCAGCAAAAGGCCCCAGACUGUUUUUGGGUUCCUUCUGGAUAGAGCCUAAAUCUGUCACCAGGCCGAUUAUUUGUCUUAGAUGAGAUACAGCCACCACAGUGUGACAUGAUGCAUGAUCUGCAUCUCUGAAAAAAAGUCUCACUUUUUCCCCCCAAACUGAUGAGUUAUGAUUUACAGACUCUCACAAAAUGGAGGAGAACUUUUUCAAAGACCGUUUGAAUCAUGGAAUCCACAAUAUUUUGUCACUCAUGAUUUUCUCCUGAUGCUGAUAUUAAGCAGUCAUUUAUAAGGGUUGAGUUUUGUGCAUUUCAUGAUACAUUUAUCACUUCAACUGGGCAGCAGAUGGGUUUCAUGAGGAUCUUCUAAAAACAAAAAGCCUUAAAUGCACUCCUUUGGAAGGGUAUCACAAUUCAUGAGUAUUCCUGUCUAGCUCAGAAUUCUUCUAUGGAAUUCUUUCCAUAGGACAAGAGGUUAUAACCAAACAGGUUAUACAUGUUAUACAACUCACAUUUGCACAAUGCUUAUAUUUGGGUCAUUUUCUGUUCCAUGUUGUAAUUUACUUUUUUCUUGUCCUUUCCUCAUCUUUGGAAAUGCCCCUUGGAAAGAUGGUUUCACUAGAUCCACUCAAUAAUAAAAAUGAAAAUCUGUCACCAUUCAGUAGCAUUAGAAAGGAUUAGCAUUAGAAAAUGAUUCGUUUUACCCAGAACUUGGAUCCCUAUUAAGAAAAAUCAAAAUGACUUGUGCACUAACCUAUUCAAUCACUUUAUAACUUAACGAUCACUUUAUCUGAUCAAUAUAUUUUUAAAUGAGACGCUGCUGUCAUACUCUUUGCACACCAUGCUUGAAGUUCCAGAAUUCACCUGUUUUUUGUGGUAUGUGCAUCAAAAGAAUCAUGCAGGAGGGAAAAACAUAGGGUAUAGCUUUUGUUGGCUGGGUUUUGUUAUGUUUUGUUUUUUGCUUUUGCGGGAAAGGUUGGAACGGGGUUUGUUUUCCUUUGUUUUACCUCUUUCUCCCCAACCCCCACAAGAACAUGCUGUAUUAAUUAAUUUGUCAAACUUUCACCAAGCAUUGAGAUUAAGACUUGAAAAUUUCACCCAAAAGGAAUGUCUCAGGAAGAUUUGAGUGAGUGGGGAAAAAAAGUUUUAUAAUUGAAACAGGUUUGCAAUCUUUACUAUGUAAGGUUCAAUACAAAGCAAAUGGGUAAAAGAAUAUUGCUGGUAAUUGUUUGAACUAGAUCUAGAAGCAUCCAUUUGAAAUCAGCCCUGGUAUGAUAGUCUUUAUCUUUCUUUCUCUUCAUUUUGAUUUUUUUUUAAAUUUGUCAAAACACGUUUAAUAAAUAUUUGUACUCCUAGUUUGCCACAGGAGAUCAAUCUGAAAACUUACUUUCCUGGCUUAAUUAGAAUUCAUUUGCUUAAUUGUCAUUCUGAUCCGAUCAAUUCCAGUUUUGCAGUAGCUUGAACAAUGCUAUCUUGUUGCUGUUUGCGUUUUAAUUUAGAUUUGUAUUAUAGUUUAUGAACAGUAAUAAGGUCCUGCUUGAAUAUUCAUUAACUUUUGAAUUGUGAGCUAUGAAAAGGUGCUUUCCUUUACGUUAAUGAAAGCAUCACAGCAUGGGACUGAUUGGCAGUGACAUUUGAUUCGAGACAUCCAGCAAAUUUGCUCAUUGUUUAUUGACGCGUCUCGUCCAAACAGCUCCCUCGCAAGUUAGUGAAGUAAUGAAAGAGAGAGUACUACAAAGGAGCGUGGAGCUUUCCUGGCAGGAACCAGAACAUCCUAAUGGAGUCAUCACUGAAUAUGAAAUCAAGUAUUACGAGAAAGAUCAAAGGGAGAGGACCUAUUCAACAGUAAAAACCAAGUCUACUUCAGCUUCCAUUAAUAACUUGAAACCAGGAACAGUGUAUGUUUUCCAAAUUCGUGCUUUUACUGCUGCUGGUUAUGGAAAUUAUAGUCCCAGACUAGAUGUUGCCACACUAGAGGAAGCCACAGCCACAGCGGUUUCUAGCGAGCAGAAUCCUGUCAUUAUCAUAGCUGUGGUUGCUGUGGCAGGCACCAUCAUACUGGUCUUCAUGGUGUUCGGAUUCAUCAUUGGACGAAGGCACUGUGGCUAUAGCAAAGCUGAUCAAGAAGGGGAUGAAGAACUUUACUUUCAUUUUAAAUUUCCAGGCACCAAAACCUACAUUGACCCUGAAACCUACGAAGACCCAAAUAGAGCUGUCCAUCAAUUUGCCAAGGAGCUGGAUGCCUCUUGUAUUAAAAUUGAGCGUGUGAUUGGAGCAGGAGAGUUUGGUGAAGUGUGCAGUGGACGUCUGAAACUUCCAGGCAAGCGAGAUGUUUCAGUAGCCAUAAAAACCCUGAAAGUUGGUUAUACAGAAAAACAAAGGAGAGAUUUCCUGUGUGAAGCAAGCAUCAUGGGACAAUUUGACCAUCCCAAUGUUGUUCAUUUAGAAGGGGUUGUUACCAGAGGGAAACCAGUCAUGAUUGUAAUAGAAUACAUGGAGAAUGGGGCCCUCGAUGCCUUUCUUAGGAAACAUGAUGGGCAAUUUACAGUCAUUCAGCUAGUGGGAAUGUUGAGAGGAAUUGCUGCCGGAAUGAGAUAUUUGGCUGAUAUGGGAUAUGUACACAGGGACCUAGCAGCACGCAAUAUUCUUGUCAACAGCAACCUUGUUUGUAAAGUGUCAGACUUUGGCCUGUCUAGAGUUAUAGAAGAUGAUCCAGAAGCUGUCUACACCACUACAGGUGGGAAAAUUCCAGUACGAUGGACUGCUCCAGAAGCUAUUCAGUAUCGCAAAUUUACAUCAGCAAGUGACGUAUGGAGUUAUGGAAUAGUUAUGUGGGAAGUAAUGUCUUAUGGAGAGCGGCCUUAUUGGGACAUGUCAAAUCAAGAUGUUAUAAAAGCAAUUGAAGAAGGCUAUCGUUUGCCAGCACCCAUGGAUUGCCCAGCAGGUCUUCACCAGCUCAUGCUGGACUGUUGGCAAAAGGAACGUGGUGAAAGGCCAAAGUUUGAGCAGAUAGUUGGUAUUCUGGACAAAAUGAUUCGGAACCCAAAUAGUUUGAAAACCCCUCUGGGAACUUGCAGUAGACCAAUUAGCCCUCUUCUGGACCAGAACACUCCCGAUUUCACCACGUUCUGCUCUGUAGGAGAAUGGUUACAAGCUAUUAAGAUGGAAAGAUAUAAGGAUAAUUUCACAGCAGCCGGCUACAACUCACUUGAAUCAGUAGCCAGGAUGACUAUUGAUGAUGUUAUGUGUUUAGGUAUCACGUUGGUGGGUCAUCAAAAGAAAAUAAUGAGCAGCAUUCAGACUAUGAGAGCACAAAUGCUACAUUUACAUGGCACUGGCAUCCAAGUGUGAUAGACAAUUUCUCCCUUAUGAGGGAGGUGACAGACUGAGAGAAUAGUGCUGGCCUUCAGUAUACAUGAAGUGCUGCUAGAAGACAUUUGAUCUCCUGGGUCCUUCCUGCAAUGAAGAGAAGAUCUACUAGAAGCACCUAUAGACUUGAACUCCUAAGUGCCACCAGAAGUUUCUAAAAGGGAAAUGGAAUCCACCACUGAUGGCAAGGAAAACUGCAGUAACAAUAAAACAAAGUACUACCUGAAACACAUACAAACACCUUGAGCUCUCUAACCUCCUUUUUAUCUAAUAGACUUUUUAAAAUGUACAUAAAGAAUUUAAAAAAGAAUAUAUUUGUCAGAUAAAAUCAUGAUAUUGUUAAAUUCAGCAAAAUAUUUUCCUUAAAUCUUGAUUUAAGAUUUUUUUUAAUCAUUUUGUGUUUAUUCUUCAUAAAGAUGUUCUUUUAGUAUGAUGUUUAUAUCUCUGGACCUUUCUAGGGCUAAUUCUAUGACACAUUACUACACUGGGUACCUCGGAAAGGUUACUAGAGGUUUUAGAAAUGUAAGAAGCAUAACUGAGCAACAUAUGUAUGUCCAAACAUUGGUAUCCUUUUGUGUGUGUGUGUGUGCCAUUUUAUUUAGUUAAAUCAACACUGUAUUGACAUGGUUUGCUAACUGGCAGGGAGUCAGGAAAAUGCAAGUUGCUAAGAGCUCUGAUAUUUUUUAAAGAAUUUUUUAAGGUUAAACAUAUAUUAUCUUUUAAAGGAAAAAAAGGAAAAAAAGCAAUAAUGACCCCUAAGUAGUCAUAGGCAAUUUUAACAAAUUGUUUGCAAGAUGAUUUUAAUGGACUAGAUUUAAGGUGAGAUUUUCUACAAAGUAAUUCCAGAACUGUAAACCUACUGAGGCAUUUCAUAGAGUGGAUGAUAAUAGCAGUGCCUCGGAAGUCAGAUGCAGUUCUCCAAUGUUACCUAACUAUUUUAAUCUGAGCACAUCAUGUUUUUUUAAUGCUCCGCAUUAGCAAAUAUGAAAGAAAUGGCUGGCAUAUAUUUUAAAUGCAUUUCAGUUGAAUGCUAGCCAGCUGAGAGAAUAAGGGUUUACCUUUUAUAUAAGAACUGUAGAGCAUGAAGCAAGGGGCAGUUCAGACUUUUUGCAGGUUUUUUUUAUUAGCUUUCACUUCUCUCAGUACAAACGCAAUACACACACUCAUUCAUUUGGGAACUUGAGCACAAAAGUACUUGCUCAAUUAAAUAACUUUACGCCAUUUUUAUUUAUCUAUCUACCUUAUUUAACUAAAAUGUUAAACUACCAUAAGCAAUAAGAAAGUGUGGCUAUAGCUAUUGCAGGAAUGUAUAUUCAUCACAGAAGAAAUGCUUUCAAAAAUUAUGAAAAUUGUGAACUACCCCUUCAGUGAAAUGCUGAACUUCCAAAGAGAAUUGGGCUGCUUCUAUUGAUUUUGAUAGAGAAAGAUCCCAGGGAUCAGUCAUAAAUUGGUCUUGUUUGAUAAUGUGGGCAUCCACAAAAAAAACCCUGUAAAUGUUCCUUUGUAAAACUUGUACAUUUUAUUUAUACUGUCUUGUUUUGUACACACAUUUCUGUGUAGUGAGCUCUGAAUACAUUGAAAAUGCACUAUAUUUUUCUAUUUUACUUGCAGAGCAUCACAAAAGAACAUGUAUUUUCAGUGCUACAUAAUGUGUUUUCCCACAUUUAGGACCAAAGACAGAUGCCGAAAUCUCAAAAGGAUCAUUCCUCUCCCCCCACACACCUUUUCUGAUCACUCUACAGUGUUACAUUUGCCAUUUUAUUUAUUUGUUUGAUUAGUAAAAUCAGUUUGAUUAUA